AUGGAAGAGGAAAUCAAAUCCGAAUUCAAAAGAAGCGGUUUCGACAUCGAAGACGAACAAGAAAUUAUCAGCAAAUGUGUUACUUUCUGCAUCAACUACAGUCUCACUCCUUCCGAUCUCGUCUCAAGCUGGGAAGUUCAUUACCUCAACAGACAGCUGAAUGAACCAAUAGUAGAAAGUGCUGAAAUUGAUGGCUUUCUAUUGCAUCUACAAAAUCAGAAGAAAGAGGACGUUAUAAAGGAAAAGGAGGAAGCUGGCUUGCAUAUGUACUCUAUCGGAGAUGUAGAAAUGCUCUUAAAUAAUGAUGAUGACACAAAGGACAAUACUCCUGGAACUCCAAUAAAUCAUCAUCAUGAUCUUUUUUCUCCUUCCACUGAUACAACAUCUUUGAUGUAUGAGAAUGUUUUAUCUUCUGGGAAAGCGUCAAAAUCAAAACUUAUAACACCCUUUUCAAAGCGAACAGAUAGAUUUUCGGUGAAAUUUAGCAUCAACACUGUCCCUAGUGUAGAGAAUGGGAAACAAGAACCUAAUCAUCAGGAUAAUGAGAAUGAUGAAGAUGAUGUUGUUAGAAGAGUUCCACAUCGUGAAAGGUGUUCCUUGGUCAUUCAUGGAUCAGGGCUCAAACCAGGUUGCAGAUUCAUGUAUGAUAGAAUAGAGGAUAGGCUUAAUGCAAUUGAAAACCGAAUUAGAAAACAUACAAGGGCAUUUGUAGCUUCUGGGCUCUAUGAAGAACCAACAGACCCUACAACUGCUUCACAGAGGGGCAUUUUUGCUGUUGGCAUGAUUUGUUCUGAUGGAGAAGGCCGUUUAAAUGAGAAGUCCGUCGUGCUUCAGAGCAGUAUUGAACAUUCUGGAGGGGAAUGUGUUCGCCUGGACUUGCAACACUUAAACCAUUAUUCAAUUUUUCCUGGUCAGGUAGUUGGUAUAGGAGGACAUAAUCCUAGUGGGCACUGCUUCAUUGCAUCUAAAUUGGUGGAUUCUAUUCCAAUGUCUGUUGCUGAUGAGAAUUUGAAUCCGGCGAAGAAGCAAGCUAUUGAUAAGGAGAAUCCGUCUACUGAUCUGCUUUGUAAACAGAGAGAGUUAUCAAUGAUUAUUUCAGCUGGCCCCUUUACUACAACAGACAAUUUAUUGUUUGAGCCUCUUACAGAACUGCUGCAAUAUGCAAAACGAAGACAGCCGCAGUUACUUGUAUUGCUGGGACCGUUUGUUGACUCUGAACACCCAGAUAUUAAGAAAGGAACGGUAGAGAGGAGUUUUGAUGAAAUAUUUCAUUUUGAAAUCCUGAGGAAGUUGGAAGAUUAUGUAGAACGCGUGGGUUCUGGAACACGUGUUCUUCUUGUUCCAUCUAUACGGGAUGCUAAUCAUGAUUUUGUUUUUCCUCAGCCUGCAUUGGAAAUCAAUUCAACUGACUUCAAAUCUCAGAUAGUCAGUCUCACUAAUCCUGGAAUCUUUGAGGCCAAUGAGGUUAAGGUUGGUUGCUGCACCGUGGAUAUUCUCAAGCAAAUCAGUGGGGAGGAGAUAUCGCGAACUGCGGCUGAUGGAAAACCCAUGGAUCGCAUGAGUAGACUUGCAAACCAUAUUCUUAACCAACAAAGCUUCUAUCCACUUCACCCACCAUCAGAAUUUGUUCCUAUGGACUUUUCGCUUGCUCCAGAAGCCCUUCAACUUUCAUUGGUUCCAGACAUACUUAUCCUACCUUCAGACAUCAAGUACUUUGUCAAGUUGCUUAGCAGUGAAAGUGAAGGGAUAAACAACACCAAAUGCAUAGCUGUCAAUCCGGGAAGACUAGCCAAAGGAGAAGGAGGGGGAACUUUUGUCGAGCUUGAUUAUUGUGGGGGUUCCGACCAAAUUAACGUUUCAAUUGUUGGCAUAUGA